UCCAGAUGUCAAAAAGAUGGAAACCCUGCAUCACGGAAAGAAGGUUACUACAAGUCGGUUGAAAAUGCACUGGACACCAGAACAUGCUCAGUCCCUAAACCAGUGGCCAGAGCAACACCUUGAUGUCUCUUCUACCACAUCAUCACCAGCACAUAAACCAGAAGUCUAUCCUAGCAGUCGGCAGCGGUACAAUUAUGCUUGGGCAAAUGAUGACAUCUCUGCACUUACUGCCUCCAACCUUUUAAAACGGUAUGCAGAAAAAUAUUCAGGAGUUUUGGAUUCGGCUUACGAGAGACCAGGAGUGACUAACUACACAGAUGGAACUUUUGGACCCCUUAAUGGACAGAAAGGAGAUCUUGAACCUUGGCAGAUGACACACAGUGCUGAAAGCCCUUACUCUUUGAAUGCUAUACAUGAUGGUCUGACAAGCUCCAAGCCAGCUGUUUCAUCAACAAUUCCACCAGGGGGUGGUCCUCCAGGGAUUGGAAGCUCUGCUUUAGUAGCUAGUAACCUUGCAGAACCCUCUUAUGUCAACAGCGCAUGUGGUGGCCAUUCUAGUUCCAUUGGUCUUGGUGUAUCUCAGGACUACAGCUCAGGUUAUAAUGGUACCUACCUGGCAUCAGGUUACUGCAGCCAGCCACCGUCAGCACUUCCUGCAACCCAUGCUCCUCCCCCUCCUCCAUUACAUGGUUCCGGACUUCUACAGCCAGCUCAUCCCCCACAGGCUCUUGUCCCUGGGUACAGCUCAUCUGCUACAGGAUAUAACUAUUCUUCAAAUAGUUAUCCACCUCAGCCUGGUAUUGGACCUAGCUAUGGUGGGGUGCAUCCCCCAGGGUCUUAUCUAUCAUCAGGAAUUGCUGCACCAACCCCUCUCCCUCCAUCUAGACCACCUUUAGUCCCCAGUUACAGUUAUCAGUGUCAUAGUCUGGCACCCGUGGCAGUGCCUUCAUUUGGUGGUGACUCUGCAAACUCCCUGAAAAGAAAAGCUUUUGACAUGGCAGGGGAAGAAGAUGGUGAUAGGUAUAGAAAGUACAAUUAUGAACAGCAAAAGUCGUCUGAAUCCCCAUAUCAAAUGCCUGAUGAAAAUAUUACAAGUGAGUGUAGAGGAAAUGGUUUCACCAGACUUAUUGAAACUCCACAAGUAGCAUUUAAGCCUGGAAAAAGACCAAUAGGUGAGGAACAUGCUGGAAAGUUUGGCAGCCCACCAAUGAAGACGAUGGUAUCGCCUACAUAUAGUGCUGGAGACACUCCUUUAAGAUCCAAUGAUGCAUUUUCUCCUCCAGUAAUAAAUGGUGAAAGGGGAAGCAAUGACCAUGGACCUACUUUUGCACAAAGAUUACAGGUGAUGGGUAUAAAACCAUCAACUUCAUGUAUUCAGUCAGAAGAGCAGUUAAAAAAUAUGGACCCUCAUGUUGUCGAACUUGUAAACAGUGAAAUUAUAGAGUGUGGAUCACCAGUACAGUGGACAGAUAUUAUUGGCCAGGUUGCAAUCAAAGCUGUAAUUGAAGAAGAACUAGUGUGGCCUGUAUUAAGGCCUGGUGCUUAUACUGGUGUCAACAGGCCACCUAGAACCAUAUUGUUGUUUGGUCCUCGUGGUGGUGGCAAAACUUUGCUUAGCAAAUGUAUAGCAACACAACUUGGAGCUACAUUCUUGAGAAUUAGUGGUACAUCACUACUGUCCAAAUGGAAAGGUGAGGCAGAAAAAAUCUUGAGGACAAUAUUUCUUAUAGCUGGAUGUCGACAGCCAUCAGUUAUAUUUAUCAGUGAAAUUGAUUCUCUGCUGUCUGCAUGUGUAACUGAAGAAAGUGGUCUUAGUAUUUUAAAGUCCCAGUUACUUUCCUAUCUGGAUACCAUAGCCAGCUCAUCUGGUGAGAAUGUUAUAAUAAUUGGGGCCACACAAUGUCCCCAAGACCUUGAUGAAAAUGCACACCGAUGUUUUACUAGGUGCUUUUAUAUUGCACCACCAGAUAGCAUUGCAAGAAGACAGCUCUUACAUCAUGCUUUGGCACAACAGAACUACUGUCUUAGCGAAAGAGAGAUGGUUGCCAUUGUGCAGCACACAGAAGGCUAUUCUGGUAGUGAGUUGGCACAACUUUGCCAGCAGGCUGCUGCAGUCCAUCUUCAUGGAAUGGGGGGUCAGCUCCAACCAACAUGUUACAAAGACUUUGAAAAUGCACUGCGCAAAGUUCAACCUGGUGUUUCCCAGAAGGAACUUGACUUGUACAUAGAAUGGAAUAAGGUAUAUGGUUCUAGACAAUGACAAAGUCUAUAUUAGCUUGGGGAAAAUUUGACAAUUUUUAGGGCUAGUCUGACAAUGGUAUGUUAGUGUUUUUAGUGUCUGUGUUAUUUUUUAGCUGAAAAAUCAGAUUAUGAGAAAACUUAAAACUUUUUUGGAAUCUCCAAAAAAAAAAAAAAAAAAAAUCAGUGGAUUGGACUGGAAUUUUUUAAACAUUCUUCUGGUGUUAUAACCAUGAUUUCUGCUGUUGUGUUAAAUACUGAAAAAAUGUCGAUGUGGACUUGGUUGGAUACCAUGACUUUGAAACACUCAGGAUAUCUAUUUAUUUGUAAUCUACAGCCGCAAUAUUUUAUUGUGGCCUUCUCACUCAUUAAUAUCAGAAGAACUUUUAGAAGUGGAGGAGGAGAAAGUUUUAGCCUCCAAAGACUUAUUACUACAAAGGUGAAAAAAAUAGCUCCUCUGCUUCCUUUUAUUCUGAUGUUGUGUCUUAUCUGUGUGAUGAUCACCACCAUAUGCCCACCCCUUCCUCAAAUAACCCACUACCUUUGUAGGCAUGUUGAAGUGGAUAUCUUCACAUAUGAUUGUUCACGUCAGAAAGCAUGUUUCUGAUAUAAUCAGAAAGCAAGAAGACUGGACUUGUCACAGGGAGCUAACAAAGAGAGGCUUUAAGGAAUAAAAGUGUUACCAUGAAUGUAAAUUGUUUAACUUGCUAGGCCUCUAUUUUUCUUUAAGUAUUUAGUUGUUUUAUAAGUACUCAGGAAUAAUUUACCUCAAAAAGAAUGUUAAACUCUGUGAUCCCUAGAAAGCAUCAUAGAGUUCCAUACUCAGUACAGCUGGUAACUGUGUGUUUACCUCAGAAAACUUGAAGUUUAUUACAAAGAUUGAAAGUUGAAUGUAUUUCAGGUGCGUUCCCAAAAGAUUUUAUGCCAUAACUGUUUUUAUUUUUGCUGUAGCUUUUGGUGGAGUGUGAUGUUUUGUCUUCAGAAAGUGUUUGUAGAACAGUUCAUGUACCACUUUUUGGGUCACAUUUUGUGUAGGAGAUGGUGCAGUAUUCUCUCAAUACCUUGCUACUUUGCAUCAGUCUCUGGAUGGAAAAGUAGCCUUUUUAAAAGUGUCUAAAGUCAUCCUCCUCUUAUCCCCCAUUUAAAAACUGAUGGAUUGGGUUGAACUUUCUGUAUUCAUUGUUUGCCAAAAAUGUGGGAAUUUGACUCUAAUGCACUGAAUAAAAGAAUGUAACUUCUUUGAAGACAAUGGUAGGAAAGGAAGUGUUUAGUAACAGAGUUAACUCACCUGCAGCUGAGCACAGGGUAAUUUUGUUUCUUCAAAUGUACAUACCUAGCCACUGUUCAGUAGCCCAACUACUUUUAAUGUUGUCAGUUUUAUCUUAGGAGCCAAUGUGACAUGACUUUUUGUGCUACUGAGAGAUAGACCCUAGUUUGAAAUACAUCUGACCCCACUUGUAUACUGUGUACAAAUCACUUUGCUUCUUUGCGCUUUCUCAGGUGUCUCCUGAAAAAAGGGAUCACUACAUAACAUUGGUGACAACUAGCUGGUCAGCAAAAUUGGCAUUCAGAAUCAACGGAAUUUGUUUCCUGCUGAGUAACGCCAUCCCUGUACUCCUUCCCAAUAUAUGAUCUUUCACCACACCAGAAAAAGUCCUCUUUAAACAUAGAAUCGCCCUGCUUUGUAGCACUUUGUCAUGAGUGUUGAACGUGUCAGCCAUUGUCAUGAGUGUUGAACGUGUCAGCCAUUGUCAUGAGUGUUGAACGUGUCAGCCAUUGUCAUGAGUGUUGAACGUGUCAGCCAUUGUCAUGUGUGUUGAACUUGUCAGCCAUUUCCAUGUUGACCAAAUCUUUGUUCACCCUUUCUCAAUUUUCCCUAAAAAAGGAUACCUGUGACCCCAGUAAUUCUAACUUGUCAGCAAAUCGGCAUGUCAUACAAUAAAAUACAAUAAAUGUAAAUUAUGAAGUCACAUUCUGCAGCAGCAAAAACAUGCAAAUAUUUAACUGUGAAAGUGUGUUUUACUUGCUUACGUUUGUAUCAAAGUAUUUUUGCUGCCAACAUGCCACUAAGUAUGUUGUGCUGCAAUUAUGACAUCAUCCAUGUUUACUCAUAAACAAGUUAAUAUGUCACCUUCCUGUGCAGGCACUGUAGCUUCAUGUUUGUUUGCAGUAGAAAUGUGUGCGUGCUCUUCACUGUUUGGUAGUCUUGCAUACUGACUGCAUUAUGUGGUAAACAAGGGUGUUCAUGUUCAUUUAUAAU